AUGGCGUUCGUCCCUGAUUUGGACACACUGGAGAGCAGCAGCCUGAACGAGGAGACGUUUUACAGCUCUGACUGCCCCUGCCCACGGAAGAAACCCCUCCUGGACUCGGAGGUGACAUCACCUGGGGUGGGCAUCCAGGUGACAGUGACCAAGGGGCACCCCGCCAGGACCUUUCGCCAGGCUGCCGUCCUUGUGGCGGCUGUGACCAAGCUCCUGAAGCGGCCGGCACACAGGGACUUUGCCGACAGUGACCUCGGGGGCUUCCUGGACGAUAUUUUCGAGCCCGUCUCCUUCCAGCAGAUCAAGGGCAGCCACGCUGGGGCACCUGUCUACCGCUACACCCGCUCCCAGUCCUUCGACAUCCUUGACAUCGACCACAAGUGCUUCGUGCUGGAGUCACCCACCCAGCUGGUGGCCCUGCACCUGCAGGGACCCUCUGCGGGGCGGAAAGGCCCGGGACCACCCAUUAACUCAUCCGUUCUGUCUGCAAUCGCUCUGUCCCGUCCCCGGUCAUCACAGGGUGGCCCGGGGACCGGGCGGGUGCCCGUGGCAUUGGGCAUCAAGGGCUAUCAACUCUACAUGUCGUGCGUGAUGAGCGGCGCUGAGCCCGUGCUGCAGCUGGAGGAAGCUGACAUCAGGAGGGACAUCGAGAGCGUGGAGCUGACUCGCUUCAUCUUCUACCGCCUGGACAGCCCGGCUGAAGGCACCACCCGCUUCGAGUCGGCCGCCUUCCCCGGCUGGUUCAUCUGCACCUCCCUGCAGCCCCGCCAGCCCGUCGGCAUCACCCACCAGCCC